ACAAUAUAGUGCAAAAACUCAUGAUGUGCAUUGAUUGACAUGCAACAUAUUUUAUUGUUAUAUUUGCAGUAUAUAUAGGUACAAACAAGGGACUCUUGGGGUAAUCCAAAAGCAAUAUUCUUCUCUCUGUCAAUUGCAGCGUUUAAUUAAUUUGGUCUCAAAAUGCCUUGUAUAGCUUUUGGACGUUUUGACGAUUCAUUCAGUGGUGGGUCUAUUAAGGCCUAUGUUGCUGAAUUUAUCUCCACCUUGCUUUUCGUCUUCGCCGGUGUUGGAUCUGCCAUUGCCUACAAUAAAUUGACAGCAGAUGCAGCUCUUGAUCCUGCGGGACUAGUUGCGGUCGCAGUUUGCCAUGGAUUUGCUCUCUUCGUGGCCGUUUCUAUUGGUGCUAACAUCUCCGGUGGUCACGUUAACCCCGCUGUUACUUUUGGUUUAGCUCUUGGCGGCCAAAUCACCCUUCUUACCGGCUUGUUUUACUGGGUCGCACAGCUUUUGGGUGCCAUUGUUGCUUGCUGCCUCCUCAAAUUUGUCACUGGAGGAUUGGCUGUUCCAAUCCACGGUGUGUCAGCUGGUGUAGGAGCUACUGAAGGAGUUGUAAUGGAAAUUAUCAUCACAUUUGCAUUGGUGUACACUGUGUACGCCACAGCAGCUGACCCCAAGAAGGGAUCAUUGGGUACAAUUGCACCCAUUGCCAUUGGUUUCAUUGUUGGUGCCAACAUUUUGGCUGCGGGCCCAUUCUCCGGAGGUUCAAUGAACCCAGCCCGUUCUUUUGGGCCCGCAGUUGCUAGUGGCAACUUUGCUGGUAACUGGAUUUAUUGGGUUGGACCACUCAUUGGUGGUGGCUUGGCCGGUUUAAUCUAUAGCAAUGUCUUCAUGAACUACGGCGACCAUGUUCCACUCUCUAGCGAUUUCUAAAAGAAAUGUUUGAAUUUGAU